AUGAGGAGACACGAAAACCCCAACAAAGGAAGAUAUUUCUACAUUUGCUCGCAUCUAAAGAAUUGUUUUUCCAAUGCACACAAGAGAGUUGGAACCAAGUCGGAUUGUAUCGAAACACUAAACCAAUUGAAUACUCUUACAAGGGAUAGAUCACAAACCAACAAUAAACUCCAACUCGAAAAUAGAGAAUUUCAUGUCGACUACACACAACAUAUCAAAACAUCAAAUCAAGAAUUGAAAGAUAGAUCACAAACCAACACCAAACUCCAACUCGAAAAUAGAGAGCUUCGUAACUACUACACAAAACGUAUCGACACACUCUAUCAAGAAUUGAAAGAAAGAUCACAAACCACCGCCAAACUCCAACUAGAAAAUAGAGAACUUAAAGACAACUACACAAAACGUAUCGAAACACUCUAUCAAGAAUUGGAUGCACUUAGAAAGGAUAGAUCAAAAACCACCAGCAAACUCCAACUUGAAAAUAGAGAACUUCAAGACAACUACUCAAAGGAAAUCAACCAACUCAAACAACAAAUAGAAAAUCUUGUUCAAGAGUUGGAAUCAAUGUAUGAAUUUAUAGUUGAUAGAUUUUAA